UCCAAUACAGCACCGCCAGCAGUUUUAGUCCAACAGUUUCGGGACUCGAGUUAGUAAACAUGACAAGUGACAAUGUAAAAAUGAAAGAGAGGACAUCUAGUCCUAUCUUAGUUUCUCCAUCAAUCUGGAUUUGACUGUCGACCAUCACUAAACCAUUAAUUCCCCUUUCUGUGAAACUACAGUUUUACGAAGAAACGAUUUGAAGUCAUUUUAUCGUCUGUAAACAAGCACAUACUAAAAGUGCCCUUCGCUCGUGCACUAGCGCCAUGAGUAGCGCACUUGAUGACUCAAAGACAACAGACGCAAGUAUGGACCACGAACUUUACACUGUACAGAGUCCCUCUGAUGACAUCAAGGAUGGCCCAGAUCAUGCGGAAUUCAUUUAUAAAAUGUCAAAUGAAGAAUUCGUUAGAUUCGUGAAGUUACGCGUGACCAAUGACUCACUUUUCACUGGAAAGAGAAAUUCUUCAACUUUGGCUUAUAGGGCCAUCUUGAAAGAGCUGGGUCUCCAGAGGGAAAUUUCUGCCAGCCAGGCCAGGAGGAAAUGGGAAAACCUUAAGAUGAAGUAUAAGGAAAUGAAGAAUCCCCCACCUGGCGUCUCGGUGAACCCCACUAACUGGCCGUGGUUCUCCCUCAUGGACGACGCCAUGGAGGGUAGACUCGCGGGAAGUGAAGUCACUCUAGACACUUCCACAGUGGGCGACGAUAGCGAGUAUCGGCCGAACAACACCUCGCGCAAGAGGAGCAAGAGAGCGCGUGAGCCGGACAGAAGCGAGAUCGAGCUGUUCGUCGAGGAGGAUGAUAUGAUGUCUGAAGAGAUGGGGCGAGACAGGGUCGAGCUGGACAGAGACAGGGACGAGAUGGAGCAGGAGAGGGCCAUCCUAGAGAGCGACAAAGCCGCUAUUGAAUAUGAGAGGAUGGUCCUGGAGCGGGAAAAGAUGGUUUUAGAUCGAGAAAGAGCGGGAGUGGAAAGAGAACUCGCAGCAUUGGACCGAGACAGGGCCUCUCUGGAGAGAGAAAAGGCCGCUGUGGAGAGAGACAGGGCUUCUGUGGAGUACAUCCGAGCUCAGCUGGAAAAAGAACGAGCGAUUCUUGACAGAGAAAGGGCAAAGCUUGAACGAGAGCGUGCCAUACUAGAGCAGCAGCGUGGGAUGGAAAAAGAGGAGCAGACGGCUAAUUUGAACGAUAAUACAGAAGGAACUGACACCUCGAUUCCUUUAGUGAUGGAACCAGCUUCCUUAGAGAGGAGGCAGAAAUUCCUCAACCUGUUUGAAAAGCUCAUUGAGAACUUCUAAAAUGGAACUGAAUGUUCUGAAUGCGAACCGUUAUGUAUAUGUUAUUAUUUUUGUACACCUUCUGUUUGAAGUAAAACCGUUUUCUGUUCCCAGAA